CUAUAUAGUGGUGGCUGGUCUACGGAUCAAAUAGAAAAAUAGAAUGUAUCGGCCGAAAUUCAAACUCGGACCACUGAUCCGAUGUUAUACCAACCGAGUUGAUCUAAUCCGCUGAAUACCAUUUCGGAAAACUAUUUACUAAUUACUGUAUCGGUUUUAAAAUUUACUUUAGUAAUGUUUACUUCCGUUUAAAGAUUGGAGGGAAAAUUGAAGAUAGAUGAUCAUGAUCAAGACGAUUAAAUCAAUAUAAAUGUAUGAAGAAUUUGGAGAACACCUAUCAAAUUAUGUCAAGACGUGGCAAAAAGAGAGUUGAUUACUCCCAGUUUGGAGUGCUUAAUGAAGAUGAUGAUGACUUUGCCGAAUUUACGCCUCCUGUGUCAAAAAAGAUCAAGACGUCUUCAUCAAAACCUGAAGCAAAAUCCAAAGAUAAAAGUUCAAACAAAAGUGAGAAAAGCAAGGAUGGAAGAGAAAGAAAAUCGAUUAAUCGACCAACACCUUCUGAUGAAGUAUUUGAAAGUGAACUUCAAAUAGCUCUGGAAAUAUCAAUGAGUGAGUCCCAGGAAGUGAAAGAAGAGAGUCCUCUGGUGGACAGUCAUGGUAACAAGGAAAAUAAACUCCAGGCUGAAGUGGAAACUGUAAAUCAUGAUGGAGAAGAAAAAAAAUCCUCUAAUUGUAAUGAUGCAAAAGAAAUUCUCAACCCUUGUAAACCAGUUCAUACAGUGAGUAGAAGCGAUGAUGAGAUAGAGAUCAUAGCCACCGACAUUACAGAGAAUGUUAAACCAAGGAGAACAUCAGUCCCCCACAAGGCCAAGAAACAGGAAGAUAGCGAUUUUGAAGAUGAUUUGGAUGACCUUUCCAGUGAGGAUGACAAUGAUGAUGAUUACAAUGGAGAGGAUAGUGACUUUGAUGAUUGUAAGAAGAAAUCCAAAACGAAGUCUAAACUUAAGCAAGCAACAAAGACACCAGCAGCUUCAAAAGUGAAAACGGCUCCAGGAAAAGCAACAAAAGCAGCAGUUCCCAAGCCAAGUGCCAACAAAUCCAAUGCAAGAACUUCUGGUCACAAAACCUCGAAGGCAUCUAAACUCACUGUUACCAGACCCUGUCCUGUGACAAGGCCGUCAUUGCCAAGCCCCUCCCCGAGGUGGAACCCCCCAGGUCCAGCUGGAAACAAGAACACUGAUGAGUCCUCAAUUCGUUCUCCAUCUUCUGGCUUACGAAUUGGUCUGUCUCGGAAUAUGAAAUUAAAACCACUGCAUCCUAAUCUCAAAGUCCAGCACUGACAGAAUAGAGUUGCAUGUAGUUCUGGUGCAGUUUCCUCAAGAUGGUUUACAUUUCAUUUCCUUUUGAUGUGUGACUAUUGAUCAUGACUACAGCUUACUUGGAGUUUCCAUAUUGUUUAAGCAUUUUCCUUUAAAGGUUGCUUACAUGUAACCUGUACUGUAAUGUACACCACAAUCCUUGGGUGGGCCACGAAAACACUAUAUUUCUUAGGUUGGAACUUUUAAAUGAUUUAAUUCUUGGAUACCUGACUUGCACAUUUACAGGUGCCAAGUUUUAAUUUUCAGUUGCCUGAAGAUAACGAAAGGUUGCAUGUACAGUAUGUAUAAAAAAAAAAUGGAAGAAUGAAUGAACAAUAGAAAUUGGAGUUUUAUGUUGCAUGUAUUUAUGUUGUACAGUGUAUGUAUCUUAUCUAUAAAAAAAAAUGUGACUGUCUUCGUUUUAUCAGAGUUUCAGAAUUUAACAUUUACCACAGUACAUUUAUUUUAACACUCAUGGUGGUGAGGUGGAAGUGGUAAUUUAUGAUUGAGCUAAAAUGUAAAAAGUGCUAAAUCAUGCCAAACAAUGGCCCUAUAUUUUCAUAUUAUGCUAACCUAAGUACACAUACAGUACUUUGUCAUCAUUUCCAUGGGCGGCCGAAAGGGUAAAAAAGACAUUAAUACAAAACAAACAACUAAUUUUCAAAAACAUACUGAAAUAUAUAUCAGACUAGCCUAAAACAAAAUCAACUGCCAGACCUAUUCUACUGCCCAUAGUCUUCCUCUACUGAAAAUUGUGAACUAAAUGUUUGAAAAGUUUUAUGAUACAAAAUAAUUAGGUAUAUUUACAACAUUUAAUUUUGUGAAAUUAAUUUUAAUAUGGCACAAGUAUUCAAAACACAUAAAAAGCUCCCUCAGCUUUGUUGAACAGUUCUUACAUUGUAUAUUUAUUGUUUAUAGUAAAAUAAGAUACAUUUGGUAUUUCGCUUGGAAGAAUAGAAGGAAAAAAGAUUUCCUUGUUAAACAAGCCAUUAUAAGAGGAACAAAUGUUAUCAAUAUGUUUAUUUGAUGGAGCAAUAAAAUCUGAUCUAAUAUCAAUCUUG